CCAGAUAGAACUGUAAACAUGGGUUCGUUGUAGUGUAGUGUAGUGUAGUGUAGACUUUGCUGUUUGAGAGUCAUCAUGGACGCCAGGCUGUUCAUUCUUCUGGUCUUUCUGUUGGCAUUCAUCAAUCAGGCUGAGUUAAAAAAGAAACAUGAUGACAAGCCAGGCAGACACAAAUCAAAACGUGGAAAACACAGAGGGCGAGUGGAAGACUUUGUUCGAGAUUAUGAUGUUCCAGAAGACCCAAAGGAUGAUGAUGAUGAUGAUGAACAUGACAGUGGAUGGUUGUUUGAGAUGCAGGACCUAAGAGGUCCUUGCGAUCCGAACCCUUGCCUCCAUGAUGGUACCUGUGAGGAGAAAAGAGGGGAUAAAUUUAAAUGCAACUGCCCCAAGCCUUUUAAAGGUAGAAGAUGUGAGAAAAGCAAAAAGGUUUGCAAGAGAAAGACCUGUGGACAUGGAACAUGUGUUUUGACUUCAACUGCACCCUACUAUGAAUGCAAGUGCAAAGAACCAUUCAAGCUCCCCAACUGUAAAUUAAAUGCUGCAUGUGACCCAAGUCCCUGUCUUAAUGGUGGCGAAUGCAUAAAGGAUGGGCGUGACUUUGACUGCGUCUGCCCUGACAACUUCAAUGGAAGUCUCUGCCAUGUUGGUCCAGAUGACUGUUAUGAAGGUGAUGGAGAGUCCUACCGUGGGAAAGUUUCUGAAACUGAAGAUGGAGAUGAGUGCCUCUACUGGAACUCUCAUUUUCUCAUUCAGAAUGGGGUUAACCCUUUCAGUGCCUUUGAAGAUGCAGAUGGACUGGCUGCUCACAAUUUUUGCAGAAACCCAGAUGGUGAUGUUAAACCUUGGUGCUUCAUCAGAAGAAGGAAAAGACUGAGAUGGGAACACUGCGAUGUGAGGAAAUGUCAAGAUGAUGUGAGUCCAGCUCCCACUGAGCCCCAGCUCGACACAGAAGAUCCAACAACUUCCCCAGUGAUUUUUCCUGCUCAGCCUACAACUGUGCCAAUUAUACUUGUACCCACCACAGCAGAUGGGGGGCCUACAACUGUGCCAAUUAGGCCAACUAUACUUGUAGCCACCACAGCAGAAGGGGGGCCUACCUCUGGCCCAAGUAGGAGCUUUGCCACCUGUGGAAAGCCUCAACCACGGCGGAUGUUGAAUCGGAUCUAUGGUGGUAUGAAGGCUAUCCCAGGCGCUCGUCCAUGGCAGGUUUCUCUACAGGUGCGAAUCAGAGGCUCAAGACAGGAUUUCAGGCAUAUUUGUGGAGCGGUUCUCAUUCAGAGUUGCUGGGUGCUGACAGCUGCCCACUGCAUAACCCAAAACAAUGAGAUGCAGGUGGUCCUCGGAGGAUUGGACCUUGGAAAGAAGGAGUCCUUUGAGCAGACUGUGGCGGUGGAAAUGGCAAUAGUCCAUGAGAAGUACAGAGAAACAUCUUCAGCAGUUUACAAUGAUAUCGCUCUGUUAAGACUGAAGGCCACAGAUGGGAUGUGCGCUACGGAGUCUCAGUACGUGAAGGCAGUGUGUUUGCCCAACACCACUCUGGCAGACGGAACGGAGUGCAGCAUCGCAGGAUGGGGUGCAACACCAGAGUCAGAAUUUGGCUCCAGCCAACUGAUGGACGCUGAUGUCCUCGUUAUAUCAGACGACCGCUGCUCCGACAGAAAAGUCUACGGCAAUAUAUUGGAUAAGAGCAUGUUCUGUGCCGGCUACCUCGAGGGUGGAAUAGACUCCUGUCAGGGAGACUCUGGAGGGCCCUUGACAUGUGAGAUGGAGGGGACACACUUCCUGUAUGGCCUGGUGAGCUGGGGUGACAGUUGUGGGAAAGCAAACAAGCCAGGUGUUUACGCUAAUGUGAUACAUUUCCUUGAUUGGAUUAUCUCAAAAACUGGUGCCCUAUUUUGAAUAUUUGCAAAGGCAAAAUGUGUGUGAUUACAAUUCACUUUUAGAAAUCAUCUGAAAGCAAUGUUGUAUUUGUAGAGAAUAUAGAAAUAUAGCAGUUAAUCUUCUUCACUGAAGUAAUAAAACUAUUCAUAAAAAAACGUUAUUCUGUGCAUUCCUUCAGAAACUAUGAUAGACUCAAUGACACGUAGGCUCUCUUUAUCUUUACCCAUCAUAGCAGAAGCCUCCAGUGCAUCUGACUGGAGCCUAAUGUAAGAGAACCCUUACUGGUUUUGGGGGCAUGAUAUCUAGAUUCUGGAGCAUGAUUAUACUGUCCUGGUAAAAAAAAUAAUCUAAAUCUAAAUCAGUACCGUUUGAAGUAUCUAAAAUCCACAUUACAGAAAGCUUUAUUGUAUCAGAGUAUGCAGUAGUGUCACUGUAGUAUUUUAAUCAAACACUCGAUACCAAUUGUUGUGGUCACCCUAAACCAAACUGUUGGAUAGGGAUCAGUUCUACUCAGGAGCGGAGCCUAUCCCUGAACAACAGCACAGGGACCAAACUCGUGGCCCCGCGCGGGGUAGAGGAGGGGAACAUCAGUAUGAUGGCACACUGAAAUCAGUAAAGAAGGUACAUUAGUGGAGUCUGGAUCUGGCAGAUCCUGCCAGGUUGAGAUGGCAUGGGCAAGGCCUACCCCCAAAAGAGUGUAAAUAAUAACAGAACCCACCGGUGAUGGAGACUGCAGGAUCAUGUUGUCUGGAAAGUAAGUACAAAAAUGGAAUCAAGGAACAAAUGCAACAAAUGCGGCUGUGCAGAAUAACUAGGGCUUGUCCAAAGCUUUCGAUCCUAUCAUAGCUAUAUCAGCCUGACUGGCUGGAAACCUAAAUAAAUACUAUUCUGAUUCUGAUUCUGAUUCUAAAAACUAAGACUUUAGUUUUCUGUUUUUAGUUUUUUUUUUUAAUUUAAGGCCAAACUUAAACUUAAACUUAAACUGAAAAAUAAAACAUUGGCAUUGAAACAGUUGUACUGAAAUUAACUUCGGCCACUGAACAUUAGUUUUGAUGUUUUUUUGUUUAUUCUGAAUGUGCUGUUUCAAUGACAAUAUUUCCUUAGUCUUUUCAGUGCAGGAUUUUUUUUUACGCUGUAAGUCUUUUUUAGAAACAGUGUUUGGGGGUGUGUAUAUAAUGACCUUCUAGAGUAAUGUCUAUUAAUGCCAAUUGUGUUUAUGGUUCUAUGUUGGUACAGUUAGGGAAUGUUUUGACAGUGUUACACAGGAACAUCGACACAUGAAACAUUCAGUAAUGAGCUACAUUUGUAAAAAAUGAAUCUUUUCAGGAUUUUAUAUUACUAUUGUAUAUACUGCCCUCAAGGGAAGUCCCAAUGUUAAAUAAAAUGGUCAUACAUUUCA